CCAUGCUUCGCCUAGAUACCUGGACCCACAUUCUUUACAGUUCCUUGCUCUUGAUCCUCCUUCUGGAACUUAAAGUAGCAGAUAUGAAAGAGCUGAAGGUGAUCCAGUCUGUGAAAUCAGUUUGUGUUGAUGCUGGAGGAUCAGUCACUCUGAAUUGCACAGUCACAUCUCUCACCCCUGUGGGGCCCAUCAAGUGGUUCAGGGGUGUAGGACACAAUAGGCACCUGAUAUAUAAUUUCAACGGAGACCAUUUCCCCAGAGUAACAUAUGUCUCAGAUGCUACAAAGAGAGACAACCUGGACUUUUCUAUCCGCAUCAGUAAUGUCACACCUGCUGACACAGGUACCUACUACUGUGUGAAGUUCCAGAAAGGAAUAGUAGAGCCUGACAUUGAGACUCAGUGUGGAGGUGGCACUCGGUUGUUAGUAUUUGACCUGAAGACAUCACACAUUACUAAAAUCCUUGCAGCUGCACUCCUUGGAUACAAACUACUCCUGGUAAUUGCUGUCAAUCUCAUUUACAGUCACGGAUGCAAAAUGCUCGAACAGAUUCAGCAUGGAAAUAGAUGCUGAUGAGAAGCCGCUGAAGACUGCUUAUAGAGACACAAUUAGGACAACUUGAAUUCAAAAUUUCUGGUUGUUCCUCUGCAUAUGUAUCAUUGUCCCAGAGCUUAAGUGCUGUGCAUAUUGAGUUGUAUUCUAGACAUCUUUAUUUUCACUAUUAAAAGAAUUUAAAUAUGUA